AAAAAUGACAUCUCGAUUGCGGUGGAGCAGGGAGCAACUGGGACGCUGAGAGAAGAAAGAAAGAAGUCCGACCCAGAGCUGCUCGUGAGGCUCGAAGACGCAGCGGAAAGGCGCAGAGAAUUACGCACGGUCUCCGGUUUGGAUGCCUCUGCUUCAGCGCGGACUUUCAUCGCAUCUUUGGAAAUGUAGUUGCAUUCUUGGGGAAAUCUCAAGAAGGCAUUUGUUGUUACAGUUCUAGUUGAUGAGAGAGCCGCUGAGGCUACGUUUCCUGUUUGCCAGCGCGCUGCAGCUGGGCUGAAGAAGCCCCGCAGCGCUCACUGAACACCGGGUCCUCCUUCCCCGCUUCAAACCACAGCCGGUCCGCUGCCAGUCCGCUGCCACAAACUCGGUGGAGAAAAAAGAAGAAAUGUGCGACCUGAUGCCAGCCUCCCAGCCCGCGGAGAAAAUCGGCAAAAUGAAAAAGUUGAGGAGAACUUUGUCCGAGAGUUUCAGGAGUAUCGCUUUCAAGAAAGAGGACAGCGGCUUUGAUGAGAUAUGUGUCACAAAGAUGUCCACACGCAGCUGCCAGGGAACAGACUCGGUCAUCAAGCCCCUGGACACCAUCCCUGAAGACAAGAAGGUGAGAGUGCAGCGCACGCAGAGCGGCUUCGACCCGUUUGAGAAGCCCGCCAGCCAGGUGAAGAGGGUCCACUCUGAGAACAAUGCCUGCAUCAACGCCAAGAGCUCGUCCACCGGCAAGGAGUCGCCCAAACUGCGUCGGCACUCCAGCCCUAGUUCUCCCACAAGCCCCAAGUUUGGAAAGGCAGAUUCCUACGAAAAGCUGGAGAAACUGGGAGAGGGUUCAUAUGCUACAGUUUACAAAGGAAAGAGCAAGGUGAAUGGGAAACUGGUGGCUCUGAAGGUGAUUCGUCUGCAAGAGGAGGAAGGGACGCCCUUUACAGCCAUAAGAGAAGCAUCUCUUCUGAAAGGCCUGAAGCAUGCCAACAUCGUGCUCCUCCAUGACAUCAUCCACACCAAGGAAACCCUGACCCUGGUCUUCGAAUAUGUGCACACAGACCUGUGCCAAUACAUGGACAAACACCCCGGGGGCCUCUAUCCAGACAAUGUGAAGCUGUUCCUGUUCCAGUUACUGAGAGGCCUGUCCUACAUCCACCAGAGGUACAUCCUUCACCGCGACCUGAAACCACAAAACCUGCUCAUCAGCGACACCGGAGAGCUCAAACUCGCUGACUUCGGCCUGGCCAGGGCCAAAUCAGUCCCCAGCCAUACCUACUCCAAUGAGGUGGUGACCCUGUGGUACCGGCCUCCAGAUGUCCUGCUGGGAUCCACAGACUACUCCACCUGCCUGGACAUGUGGGGAGUGGGCUGCAUCUUCAUUGAGAUGAUCCAAGGAGUGGCUGCCUUUCCCGGGAUGAAGGACAUCCAGGAUCAGCUGGAGAGGAUAUUCCUGGUCCUUGGCACCCCAUCUGAGGACACCUGGCCUGGCGUCAACUCUUUGCCUCACUUUAAACCAGGAGAGAGAAAUCCACAAAGAGGCGGUCUUCAAGACCGUUUUACAGUGUACAGCGCGAAGAAGCUCAGACAAGCGUGGAAUAAGUUGGGCUACGUGGACCACGCUGAGGAGUUGGCCUCCAGGUUCCUCCAGUGCUUCCCAAAGAACCGGCUGUCAGCCCAGGCAGCGCUGAACCAUGAGUACUUCAGCAACCUUCCUCCACGGCUCUGGGAGCUGCAGGACAUGUCUUCUAUCUUCACUGUACCAAAUGUCAAGCUGCAGACAGAGAGCGGGGACAGCAUACAGGUGUGUGCACGAAGGAACAGUCAUGGAAAGGCAUCCUCUGGCAGCAAACACUGACCUGAGGCAGCAUCCUGCACAUGAUUGCCUGACAGGUGAUUGUUGGAAGAAAAGAUGAAGACAGAGAUGCUGAGAAGGAGGAUCCAGACGAAUGAAAGAGCCCCAGUUCUCUUUAUUUAUUACCUUCACAAUGUGUGUGUGUGUGUGUGUGUGUGUGUGUGUGUGUGUGUGUGUGUGUGUGUGUGUGUGUGUGUGUGUGUGUGUGUGUGUGUGGCGUGUGCGUGUGUGGCGUGUGCAUGAGAGAGAGAGAGCGAGCAUUGAGUAUAGAUAAGAAUGCAUGUGUGCAUUAUGAACGGUACCUAAGAUUUCAGGCUAUCAUUUGCAAAUUUUGUUUACUUUUUAUAAGGUUCCAAUAACUCAUAUAUCAUUGUCACAGUAUAAACAAAAGGACUUUACUAUUGGUACAUAUUGUGUUUUGUGUUUGUAACUAGCCUCCUAUUUAAGAAUGUAUAUUUGUAUGUAUGAUAUACUCAUCUAGAAACUAUAUAAUGGACAAUUUUAAUAUCGCUUCAUCUCUCAUCACUAUACUGCUCUUGCCAAGACAACACACACACACACACACACACACACACACACACACACCCACACACAUAGGAGACAUGCAUACAAGGAAAAAUACAUAUAUAAAACAAAAACAAUGCAGUCAGUUUAAAGGGGAAAAAAAUGAAUACUAAAGACUUUUCCAUUUAUUUCUAACCAGGUUCAACUUCAGUUUGUGGAACCACAGACAAUUUAUAAUAAUGAUAAUAAUAAUGGAGGGCUUUCAGGUGGUGUAACACAUCCUCUGGGGGCCAUAUUGGAGGUCCUGGGUUCGUUGGUAGCUGAGAACAGUUGGUGUGUUAUUUUAAACUCUGCCAACUCAGCAGUUAAGAUAUGGUUAAUUUGCAUCUACUUUAAAGGUUGGACUUAUUUUGUCAUGCAUAACAUGUACAUGUGGCUGGUUUUGUGGUAACAUAAUGCUUGUCAGCUGACUAACUGUGGUAUUUGUCAGUUGACUGUCACCAUUUUGGUCUCAACAAAUCUGAUUUAAACACUAAAGCGCACAUCUAGUUGGACAUCUAAUUGUUGUAGUAGUUAAUAGAAAUUAGUAGGCGUAUAUUGACAUAUUCAUUUGUCAGAUAUUUCUCUCUUUCCUUGUUUGCCAGCCUGGGUGGGUUAAGGUUGCACACUUGCAUUUUCCACAGCCUUCUUUUCAUAGUUUUGACCAUCAUUCUCAUCAGUUAUCAGAAUAUUUCACUCACAAAUAGCACUGCUGAGAUUUAGGGAAUACAGUGUAAAACUGUAAGUAGAUUUCUUCUACAUUUUGGAUCAACUAAUCCGCUUGCUUUACAUGCAGAUCCACACAAUGCAUUGUUGAGAUUUGGGAGUGAGCACAACAGUCUCUCUAAGAGCAUCUGCAAUACAAUAACCUGCUGUAGCAACAGUUUUUGCAUAGGUUUACAGAAACGUUUACAUGUAUCUUUGCAGAAAAACAAUUCCAGCUUUAGCCAUGCUGCUAUAUGCACCCAGGGGCCAAGUUGGAUACUGCUAUAAAGUAUAUAGGACACACAAACUCCUGCAGCAAGGUAAAUAUUUGUUCUUUGUGUUAUGAGUUUGGUCAUUUUUGUCAAACUUUACCAGUAGAAGAAGAAGAAGUAGUAGUAGUAGUAGUAGUAGUAGUAGUAGUAGUAGUAGUAGUAGUAGUAUAAAGUAGUAUAAAGUGUAUAAGACUGGUCACUGGGCUCAAGGAAAGAGACACUAAUGCACAUGUACAGUGGGUCCCACGAUAUGUAAAAAACUAAAAAGAUAAAACAUGUCGGCCCAUGCGCUGUGCGCCAUCUGGAAGUCUGGUAUCCAGUUAUACAGUCACUGGCUAAUGAUGCUCACAUUUGACCUUGUUUUCACAGUUAGAAAUAUGCUAUAAAUAUUUGUUUGUGAGUAAAAUGUUAUCGUAAGAAUGAUGGCCAAAACUGAAUAUCUAAGAUCCUGGUUGUAGAAAAAUACUGAUAAUAACGAGUGUUGUUUACUUUUUUAAAUGGACCUCCAUGAUGGAACCAGUCCUGCUUGAUUUGAGUUUUGUGUUGCAACUGAAAAGCCUCUCUAACAUAAAUGAUCUCUGCUGGAGAUGUUGACGGUGCACACAUAAGACACCCAGGGACACCAUCAACUAGUGUGUGUAAAAAUAAUACGACGCAAUAUUGUAAUUGACAAUAGCUGUAUGUUUGUGUGUGUGUGUGUGUGUGUGUGUGUGUGUGUGUGUGUGUGUGUGUGUGUGUGUGUGUGUGCAAGUGUGCGUGUGUAUAAAACAUGGGCAAUAGCUAAGCAUCAGUGCUUCCAUCCAUGCACAUGAGCUAAUGUACAAAAGGUAAAACACCAAGGCAAUAGGCUGUGUGGCCUAUUGUUUGAUCCGGCCCACGACAAUCCUCCCUUUCACUUUAUCUGAUACCAUCACAAGACCUGCAAUAUUCUGUCAGAAACAGAUGAUCUGCAUCAAUAACUGUAACUUUGUGUUCAUGUUAAGAUUGAUCUGGAGCUUUUCUUAUCGGACAAAUUAAGCAAGUGUAGGGAUGAGUGCUUUGCAGUGUGUGGUAGUGUGUGUACAACAUGUACUGUAGGUGGUUAUUAACUUUGAUCAGUCCCUUCACCACCAACAUGUGCUCUCAUGCUCUGCAUGAGACUUCCCCUGUAUGUGUGCCCCUCAACAUCCUACAUGUUCUAAAUGUUUUGGAACUUUUUAUGACACCAUGACGAGAUCAGCUGUAUAAUGAAGUGUCAUCUGCAAAGAAUUUUAUACAGUUUUUUUGGUCUUUCUUUUGAUGUUUUGUGUGAAGAUAUCUGAAUAUUACAGCUUAGACGUAUGGUAAUAAUUGUGAAGUACUAUCAAUACAAUGGCUUCCUCUUCGAUCUUGAUCAGUUUGAAAUCGACUGAAACAAUAAUAUUGGCCCUGCACUGUUGAUUAGCUGAGGAGACAAGGCUGCUAAUGUGACGCCAUGGAGAAUUGGAACCUAUGGAUACUUAUGUCACUGCACUGCCUCUUAAACACACUCUCUCUGUCACUCACCCUCACACACACACACACACACACACACACACACACACACACACACACACACACUCAAUCUUUAAUAUAGAUGUCUUGCCUGCUAGGAUAAACUUCCCACACCCAUCUAGUCCUAUCAGCUACAGUACAGUAUAAACCUGCAGCCCCUCCAUGCCCCCCUCCAGCUGGUAUUUGUUUUGCAGUCGGUCACAUUCAAGAAAGGUUUGGAUUUUUUCAUCCUCGCUCUUCUCCAUUCUAGCCAUGGAGUGAUACUGUCAUAGAGUGACUGCAGUGCAAGAAAUGGCUACGAGCCAAAAUUAAUUCUGAAGUUCAACUGUAGCCAAUAAUUUAGCAGUAUGAGUUAGCUGAUUCGAGUUGUUAAUUGCUGUUAAUUGACAGCUAUAUUUCUCAAGAGCUUAAAUGACAAGCACUACUGGACCUGGUUGGGAUUGGAUGUCCAAGUUGUUUUGUUGCUGGAAAUGUAAGCCAACAGUUGUUGUUAAAAACGUCAUAAGUUUAUCAAGGCUCAUUGUUGCAAUGUUGUUUGUGUGUUUUCUGUCUUCUUGUGGUCAAAAACCACCUAAUUACUAUAGGUUGGCUGAUUGGGAGCAACUGGACAGGACAUAAAUGGAGGCUGACUUAUCCAAAUCAAGUGCAGUAUGCAAUUAAAAGUAUGUCUCUGUCCUGACUAAAAAACAGUCACUUGGGUUGCAGAGACAGACUUUUAUAUAAAAAAAAGACUUCCUAGAAUAAAAAACAGACGUCCUUGAAUACCUGCUGGAUUUGGCGAACUACCAUCUCCUUGUUUUUAUGCAUAUAUACAGUCUACACAUUGUGUAGACUCAUUAAUAAACCUGAGUGGAAAGAUUGGAAAUUCAGGAAAAAAAAGCUUAAAUAGUGCAUCUAAGCUGUUAAGCUUGCAUGAGGUGAAAAAAUUGAUGUAUGGACAAAACCAAAAAGUGCAACAGAAACAUACUUAGCCAAUAAAUCAGGAUGUACUGAAGCUUUACUUCCACUGGAAUGAAUGAAUUUAUGAAAUGACACAUUUUCUGUGCCGAUUAUUUGGACAUUUGUGUUACACUUGGAUGGAGACUGCUGAAUAUUAGCUCCAACUGAACUUUGGAAUUAAUUUUGCAAAGAACAAGUACUGUGGUUUUUGUCCCCCAUGUUUUACAAUGUAGUCACUUGACAAGGCAUUGCUUCACAAACAGCAUAGACAGGAGGGAUGAUCACAGCAACCCAUAACUGUUUCAUCAUACAUGCGAUGUACAUGUACACGCUGAGUUGAGAUAGACUUGAAAAUAUCUGAACCUAUCCUUGAGGAAAAGCAAUGAAAGAAGGAUUUGGAGUCUUAUAGCGCUUUGACAUUUUACCAUGACUGUGUUCCAGUCCAGCUUUUUCGACCAUAGACAGUAGUGGCUCUGAGGCAAAAUAAGUAAUUAUGGGCUAGACUCUCCCCAAUAGCGUUUUGAAAAUGCACUUUAAAGAAAAAUCAGUUUGCCCUACAUUCCAGCCUGUAUGGUCACUUUUAUGCACUUGCUUUGCCCUUAAUGUGUAUAUAUAUAUAUACACAUACACACCUUGCUUUUCCUGACGCAAAGCAAACUCGAACCUUCUAACAAAUGUAAAUAUCAUCCCUCAUUUUGAAUCUUUACCACAGAUUGAGGAGAGCUCGCAGAAACGCUGUACUUGAAAUUAUCUCGCGGCUUUUCAGUGUCAUCCCCAGGCUGUGAUUGUGCGGCGGAGAGAAAGGGGAGGAGAGGGGGUGGGUAAUGCCAGUAAAGCGGCGUGACAGAAGAGGGUUAAUACCAUCGAGCUGUGCUGAGAUUGCCCAGCCUCAUGUGGCUUUAAGGGAUUGCAGGCAGCAUUAGUAGCUGAAUAAUUAUUUUUGGGAUGUUUCUCCUUGUGCACACUUUUGGCGUGGCUCACAUCACUUUCGUUUCCCCCUCAACACACUUCUGUGGAGCCUUGGCAGCCUGCAGUCUUGUACAAAAAAACGUAUAUUUUUGAGUCCUGUGUGGGCAGAAUUCCUGAGGGCACUCUGUUCAAACUUGAAUGUUCUUCAUAUAUUUAAAAUAAAGUCCAGAGAAGGAAAGGUGGAAUUGCACAUUUAGCACUGUGACGGGAAACAGGAGAAAUAAUAUCAACAGAAAUGUCAAAGGUGGAAAUGGAUAAGUGAAGUGAAAUGGUGAUGCUUCCACUAUGUUUCUAAACAGGGUUGCAAAUGUCCCCUUAAAGAGAAAUCAUAUGUGAAUAGACAUAUAUGAUGAAUAUAAAUAUAAGGCAUCUAUUUUUGGCAUUCUUUAUCGUGUGGACAGAAGUGGUAUCGGUAGAAAAAAAAACCCAUAUAGGUUGGAUCCAAUGUGCAUCCUCGCUGUGCUGAACAAUGAGUCUGUGUUUGCAACUUUUUUCAACAGCGCUUCUCUUGCGUUUAGUUUUUUCUUUUUCGUAUGCUGCACUGAAAAUACAUCAUUUUCACAAGUGGUUUGGAAAACAGAAGUGUCGUCAGUCACUUCAUCAAGUGAAACAAUAUAGUAUACAGUAGAAUAGCUGUUGCAUUAUUUGUUACAACCUGUAUGUAAUGUUAUUAUGGAAGAUGUAAUGUCCUUCUGUAAAUGUUGUUUAAUGUUGUUUUACCUGAAAUAAAAUUUAUUAAUGCUUCA